GAGUGGUUAACAUGGCUACCGAGUCGGGCACCAGACAUAGAGAUUUUAAAACUGUCUUUUGUGUUACCGACGUAAAAGAAAGAAAGAAAUUGUUAGGUAAAGUUCUAAAAAUUCCAGAAUUUAACGAAGAAGAUGAUUUGAGGUCCGGGAUACUUCUUGAUAUUCAUUAUGACACGUUGGCUUAUUUUGUAAACAAUGGUUUUCCAUGGCGAGAAGUGGCUCAGCUGUGGGAAGUAUUUCAAAAUUUAUUAAACGAAGUACGAGGCAAACCACUUGAGGAGGCUAUAUCACUGUUUAAACAACAGCUCAACAGAAUUGCUCAUUACUCCAGUGAAAACAACCUCAAGUCUAUGAUAGAUUUUGUUUUCAUGACAUUAUUUCAACACUACAAGCUGUAUCAAUUUGUUCUGACACAAGAAAGAGCUGAUGACAUCACCAAGUGUGAGCUGGAUAUUGAGCCUCCCUUGGUUCCAGAACCUCUGAGGGAUGGUGUACCUAAGAGUGUUUGGGAUGAAGAACAGCGAAUAAAACAAAUUGAAGAGAUGGAGCAAAAACGCAUCCAGGAAAGAACAACAUACCAUGAAAAUGAAAUCCAACAAGCUGUUCAGCAACUGGAGCAGCAGUUUUUGGAGUUGGACUCAUCACCAGAAAACUUAUCAGCAGAAAAUUUAGCCACAGUUGUGGCUAAUGUUACUGCUAAAAAGGCUGCUGUGACAAGUGCCACUCUCAGUUAUAAAAUGGAAGAAAUGCAUGAUUCUUUAAAAUUCAAGUACAAACGGGCCACUGUUAGUCAGGAGAAUGAUAAGGGAGGUAAAAAAUCUACAGCUUCCAGUCGUCGUUCCAAAGGAAAUUCUGGAAAGUAGUGAUCUCAUUGUGCAAGUAUACUUUCCAGUUGUAAAUGUACUUUGAUAUAAUUUUUUGACUUUCAGACAAGUUAUUUUAGAGAUGAAUUUCUUAUCAUUAUUUAUCACUGUAUUGACAUUGUGAGCUAAUUAUGUGCAGCUUUACGAACUCAAGAGUCUAUUUUUCUUUUUUUUUGAAACUUAUGAUUGCUAAUACUUUAAAUUUGUGGUGAACCUGUAUAAAAACAUCCACUGAAUUUUUGUUUCCUUUUGCUUAAUAAUGAUUUGCUAGGUUGUUGAAAGUGUGUGUAUGCAAAGGCUUAGAAAACUGGGAGAAGCCCUGCUCUGCAUAGGUGUCUCUGUUCAUGUCUCUCCUUACUGUCUGCCAUACAAUACUUAUGAUGUUAGCUCAAAGAAUUUGGUAUUGGAUCAACUAAUAUUACCCUAAUGGAUAUUUUCUUUAUUCUCAUUACUUGUCUGCUUGAUAUUGUCAGUUA